AUGCUAAGUCCAAUUCCUCAAUAUUCUUCUUCUUCAGUGGCCCAAGCAAGAUCAUCUAUCAGAGAGGAUAGGGUCCAAGGUUCGGUAACCUGGGUAAAGGCUGCCUUGCUUCCCGUUGUGGAAUCUUUUCUAAUCCUUUUGGCCGCUUCUUUCCACUCGGACCAUAGGGAAGUCAGAACGGAAACCAACAAAGGACAACACAAACAGUCUAUCUCGGCAGGAGCAGAGCGGCUACGCAAACCGCCUGGCUAUUCAUAUUCCGACCUGAGGAGUAAGACUCUCGCAGCUACUCAGGAUAUGGCUUUACGAGUUCCUUGUCAUGCUGAUAAGAGGCCAGUCGAUGAGGCUCUUGAACAAGUUCCCGGCGAAUUGAGGAAGAGGAACGAAGGUACUCAGCCUCCUGGGGCAAGUGGGAGCGACACACUGAAUGAACCAACUCCAAUGGAGCAGGAUCAAGAAGAAGUGAAGCUACGUAAAAGUGAGCGUGGUAGAAUCUCUCGUCGUCGAUUUGAGAUUGAGGGAGAUCCGGGGAAUCUUAUUCUGUCACCCAAAACGACCACUCCUUCUGUUCUUGAGUUUUGGGAAUUUCCUUCCAUUGGCUGGUUAAAAUUCAAUACGGAUGGUGCUUCCAAGAGGAACCUUUUCUUGCAUGGUGCUGCAACGGGACAUUCUGGUAAGUCGGGUGCUGGUGGCCUUCUCCGAGACUGUUCAGGAACAUGGAUCUAUGGGUAUACCUGCAAAAUAGCUUUCUCUACGAGCCUACAAGCUUCACUUUGGUUUAGCUUCCAACUAAGGCUAAGGGAGUUGUUUCCACGGGAUUGA